CGCGGCGAGAGCACAUGACACGAUGCAGAAACGUAAUACCGCCUACGCGAUCUGCGAUACCGCUAAUUGUGCCUUUUGAACUGUUCCUCUUUUUUCCCGCUCUGCUCGUUGGUCUCGUAACCCGGCUAUAAAUAAAAUUACAUCCCCGAUCUCGGGAUUAUUUACGACCGAUGUGUAUUCAUGAGUCUCCGACGGGGUGCUUCCACUGUCAAUAAAAUCUUCACGAGCGCAACACGCUUGUUCCGCGUAAGUCAAUUCGGGGAAGGACAGUUCAUCGUGCCGCUCGUUCGUUUUCAGGGUCGCUGUAUUCGCGGCGGACAUCCAACAAAGAUGCUUCAGCGUAAGUCCGCUGAGCUUCGCCGCCGCGAAGGUGGCGAUGUCCAAAUUCGACCAAACGAGUUACCUCCCUUACGACAAGUUGGAAGAGAACCUUAAGAUUGUGAAGAAAAGGCUAACCCGACCACUAACCCUUUCCGAGAAGGUUUUAUACUCUCACCUCGAUGAACCCGACAAACAGGAUAUCCAGCGAGGCACAAGUUACCUCAGGCUGCGCCCGGAUCGCGUGGCUAUGCAGGAUGCAACGGCUCAGAUGGCCAUGUUACAGUUCAUCAGUUCCGGACUGCCAAAAGUAGCCGUGCCCUCCACGAUCCACUGCGAUCACUUGAUCGAGGCGCAAGUGGGAGGGGAGAAGGAUCUGAAACGCGCGAAGGACAUCAACAAGGAAGUCUACAACUUCCUGAAGACCGCCGGCGCGAAAUACGGUGUCGGUUUCUGGAACCCCGGCUCCGGCAUCAUUCACCAGAUCAUCCUCGAGAAUUACGCGUUCCCCGGCCUGUUGAUGAUCGGUACCGACUCUCACACGCCUAACGGUGGAGGAUUAGGCUGCCUGUGCAUCGGCGUCGGUGGCGCCGACGCGGUGGAUGUGAUGGCGAACAUUCCAUGGGAGCUGAAGUGCCCCAAAGUGAUCGGCGUCAAGCUGACCGGCGAGCUCAAGGGAUGGACCAGCCCUAAGGACAUCAUCCUGAAGGUUGCCGGCAUCCUCACUGUAAAAGGAGGCACUGGUGCCAUCGUAGAAUACUUCGGACCGGGCGUCGACAACAUCAGCUGCACCGGUAUGGCGACCAUUUGCAACAUGGGCGCCGAAAUCGGUGCCACCACGUCCAUCUUCCCGUACAACUUCCGUAUGCAAGACUAUCUGAAGUCCACCGGUCGCGCUGACAUCGCUGCCGCCGCGGAUCAGCACAGAAAGAGUCUUCUGACGGCGGAUGCUAACGCUAAGUACGAUCAAAUCAUCGAAUUGGACCUUUCCACUCUUGAGCCUCACGUUAAUGGACCGUUCACUCCUGAUCUCGCUCAUCCGAUCUCUAAGCUAGGUAAUACUGCCAAGCAGAACGGUUGGCCAAACGAGAUCAAGGUCGGCUUGAUCGGUUCCUGCACGAACAGCUCGUAUGAGGAUAUGGGUCGGUGCGCGAACAUCGCGAAACAGGCGCUGGAACACGGGCUGAAAGCGAAAUCCGCUUUCAAUGUCACGCCAGGGUCCGAGCAGAUUCGCGCCACCAUCGAACGCGAUGGAAUCGCGAAAAUCCUUCGAGAUUUCGGCGGCACCGUUCUGGCGAACGCGUGCGGUCCCUGCAUUGGCCAGUGGGACCGUCAGGACAUCAAGAAAGGCGACAAGAACACGAUCGUGACGUCGUACAACCGUAAUUUCACGGGAAGAAACGACGCGAAUCCAGCGACGCACGCUUUCGUCACCAGCCCUGAACUCGUCACCGCUCUGUCGAUCGCUGGACGACUGGACUUCAAUCCUGUCACCGACAAACUUAAGGGCGCGGACGGAAAAGAGUUCCUUCUGAAGGAUCCGUACGGCGAUGAACUUCCAUCCCGUGGUUUCGACCCUGGCAUGGACACCUACGACGCUCCACCAUCCGAUGGCAGCAAAGUCAAAGUUGACGUUGACCCGAAAAGUCAGAGAUUGCAGCUGUUGGAGCCGUUCGAUAAAUGGGACGGCAAGGAUCUCACCGAUAUGACGAUCUUGAUCAAAGUCAAAGGCAAAUGUACUACGGAUCACAUCUCAGCUGCCGGUCCAUGGCUCAAAUACCGUGGCCACUUGGACAACAUCUCGAACAACAUGUUCAUUGGCGCCGUCAACUCUGAAAAUGGCGAGAUGAACAAGAUCAAGAACCAACUGACCGGCCAAUGGGGAGCUGUACCGGACGUAGCCCGUGAUUACAAGAAAAAUGGCGUCAGGUGGGUGGCAGUCGGCGACGAAAACUACGGAGAAGGUUCGUCUCGGGAGCACGCUGCUCUGGAACCACGACAUCUCGGCGGCCGCGCGAUCAUCGUCAAGAGUUUCGCGCGUAUCCAUGAAACCAACUUGAAGAAACAGGGUCUGUUGCCAUUGACGUUCGCUAAUGCCAGCGACUACGACAAAAUCCAGCCUACCGACAAGAUCAGUCUUCUUGGACUGAAGGAUCUCGCGCCUGGCAAGCCGGUAAAAGCAGAGAUCAAGCACAAAGACGGUAAGGUCGAUACCAUCAGUCUGAACCACACAAUGAACGACCAGCAGAUCACCUGGUUCAAGGCUGGAUCCGCGUUGAACCGUAUGAAGGAGAUCUCCGCGGGCAAAUAAACGCGAGUGAACAGUUGAAUACCGUCACCGUUCGACGAACAGCUAGUACGCCGAUAAGGAUAAUCGAACCAGGGAACGCGAAAAACACCAUAAUCUCCCACGUAGAAGAACGUCUCUCGAAGGGCGCGAAGAGAACCACGAGAACGUUGAGAUCGGUGACUUAAUAGAAAGCGAUCGAUCGGUGGUAUCGGUCGAAAUCGAUCGACCGAUCGACCGCUAGAGCUUCGUAAUGUCCGUUUCGAUAUCCGCGACAAUACCUCAAUGAUACACACACCGCCUGCCAUUGCGUAUAUCGUCGACGCGCGACGAUGAACCGUAACCAAGUAACAGACACGAAACUAGCCAAGAUUCUAGUACACGUUGAUCGUAGCAUGGAAUUUAGAUCGUUAAUAGAUCACCCCGACCCGUUUCUCGCGACCACGAUUCGGUUACUGUGUUUCGUUCGUCUAAAUAAAGCUGGACGAUCGAAAUGGAAAUUUCCAUUCAUUAGACGGCGAGAGGGCGCCGCGCGCGCGGAUUGGACGUGCCAGACGUGUCCAUUUUUAAAAUACGUGUUACAGCCCGCCCGCCGAUGGCACGUCGAGAACGCGCGCGAUCCGCUCGCCGACACCUGCCAGCGAAUCUUCGAUUCUGCUCGUUCCGGUCUUCUGUAUAUAUCGUUCGUAGAGUAGAAUGAAAAUUCUGGUAAUUUCACGAUUUUCUAGAUACGACUGAGAUAUCUAUGUAUAUUGUAAGAUCUAUUGUUAAUUCUCCGAGGAACAAUAAAACGUUGAGCAGCGAGAACGAU